UCUGUCAGCCCCCCCUUCACUUCUUCUCCGCCAGCAUUCCUGCUGUCCCCUCGGAGCCUCCCCCCCAUUUCCUCGAGGAAGGGUCGCUACUUCGGAAGGACAGGCGUAGAAGCGCCCCGAGAGCGGACCGCGCGCGGGCUUUGGGGGCGGCUGCCGAGAGCGGGGAGAGGGAAUCCUUCAGGUCUUCUUUGCCCGGCUCUUCUCCCUCCCUCUUCCCCAGCAUCUGCGAGGAUACCCUCCCCUCCUUUCCCUUCCCUCUCCUCCCCCGGUAGAGGCCCGGUUGAGCGGGCUGGCAAGCCGGAUCCGCAGGAAGCGGUCGGUCACAUCCUCUCUUUCCCCCGAGUGGUCCCCAUCUCCUUCCCUCGCCCUCCCGUCUCCCCCGGUUUCAGCCCACCUAUCCUCCGGGUCCCAGCUUUCCCGCAUCUCCGGGUGCUGGGAAGAAAAGCCGCACACGUGGGUCGGAGAAGCCAGCUGUUGCUGUGGAUCGUUCCCCCCACUUCGCCCCAGAUGUGGAAUGAAGGCUAAACCCUCAGAUGGAUGGACCACUGGUGAAAGGUGAGGGCAGAUCGUGGCAAUCCUUGGGACGGAGUGCUAGACUGAAGAAGGGAGUGGAAAGAAUUCAAGAUAUCAAGCUGGAUUCAUCCUCUUUCCGGGAUAGAUUGUCUGCCAGAGUGCAUGGAAAUGAAGAAAAGCGAUUGCUUAGAGUAAAGACGGAAAAGAAGAAGGAGGAGGAGGAUCCAGAAUUUGAGAUGGAACUUUCUGCAGGUGGAAAACUGCUGGGUCCUGCACCUUCACGAGGUUCCUCAACUGAGGAAGAGAUGAAGGUGAAAUCUGAGGAGCAGAAGGUACAAGAGUUUGAGGUGCAGAAAGUCACAAUUCCAAUAGAGGGUUCGUCCUCCUCUUUGCACCCAAACACUUGUGGCGUGUGCGGGAAGAGUUUUAGCCGCCGCUCAAACCUGGCCAAGCACCAGAUCAUUCACACGGGAGAGAAGCCGUACCGUUGCAACGACUGUGGCCGCAGCUUCAACCAGAGCUCGGCGCUCACCAAGCACCAGCGGACGCACACUGGGGAGCGCCCCUAUGUCUGUGGGGACUGUGGCAAGGCCUUCACAGCUAGUUCCAACCUCCUCCAACAUCGGCGUUUCCACACCGGGGAACGGCCCUAUCGUUGUGAAUUGUGCGGCAAGGCCUUCUCUCAAAGUUCCAACUACAACCUACACCGGCGUGGCCACACUGGGGUUACACCUUACCAGUGCAAUGUGUGCGGUAAACGAUUUACCGGGAGCUCAUGCCUUACUCGCCACCAGCGGACGCACACCGGAGAGAAGCCAUACCAAUGCCAGGAAUGUGGGAAGCGCUUUUCGGGAAGUUCCACGCUGGCUAACCACCGGCGUACCCACACAGGUGAGAAACCCUACGGUUGUGUUGAGUGUGGCAAGAGGUUCACCCACCACUCUAAUCUGGUGGACCACUGGCGGGUGCACACAGGGGAAAAGCCCUAUGUGUGCACCGAGUGUGGGAAGAGCUUUCGGCUCAGCUCACACAUCAUUCGCCACCGUCGCACUCACACCAACGCUCACAGCCCCAGCAUGAGCCAGGCCCUCCUCUGUGAGGUUGACCCGACUUUUGACGAGGGUAGCAUUGAGGGCCACCAUGAUGGAAGCGUUGGGAUCCCGUGCAUGACUGGUCUUGAUACUUUGUGUGUUGAUACCAGUGUUAUCAAUGGCAAUAAUAGCUCUGAUGAAGAAGAAGGCGACCGGCUUCUUAUCUGCGGCCACUGUGGUAAAGGUUUUCACCUGAGGUCUAGCCCUCGAAAACCCAACCAAGAUGACUUGGCUCUGGGGGAAGGGCCUUAUAGUUGUACCGAGUGUGGUAAUAGCUGUUGGACAAAAUCACAGCAGUUGUUAACCUUUGCCUUGUACCCUCCUUCCCUUGCUUCUUGUUUCUCCUGGGUCUCCUUCCUGCAUUGCCUGAUGGAGGGGCAACAUAUAAUGGCCCAAGUCCACAUCCAAGCCCCCUCGUCCAAUUCCGUAGCCGGGGAAGAAUCCAAGCGGUUGCCGAACCCCGUGCGAGUUGCAGCCAGGGAAAGCAUGGCCGGAGGACGUCUGUUGGACAGUCACAGCCUGGAUGGGAUAAGCCAGGUAUACGGGGCAUCCAAGAACCAAGAAGGCAGAAGGGCCACUAUAUCGAGCGCCUUGGAAUUGGAAGGAACAGUGAGCUACGAUGGAGACCUGACACAUUUUGUGGCCAACAACUUGCAAAUGAAGAUCAAGAUGAGCUCUCGGGGCAGUCUGGAUGAUACAGAGCCCACCUCAUCAAUGUCAUCUCAGCACUCUGUUCGAGGCAAAACUGCAGAUAUCCCUCCAGUGGAUCCCCAGGUCCUACGGGAUUUGGAAAGGUUGACCACGGAUGUGGCACAGAGAGUGGACCAGAUGUUGAGGGCCUUGAACAGCGCCAUCCAGAAUAUGACGGCACUCAGCGUAGGCUACAUCCAGACCUACCGUGAUGCUGUGGACAGCUUGGGCGAAUCCGUAGACAUGAGCAUCAAAGGGAUGUACACUCUGAUGGCCAGGUGUGAAGAGCUGGACCGCUCCAUGCAGCCUGUUCACAUCCUCGCUAAGCAGAUCCGGGAGAUUAAAAGGACCCUGGAGAUCUUUGAGGCUUUGCAGUUUUCCCACAUGGAAAGUGGAAAACAAGCCUAUGUUCUGGACCUCCAGGACUGUAGUGAAAGAGAGACAUUAAGAGGCAUUAAGAUGACACAUGAAAACAAAGAGGAAAUAGAAUCACAGAAAAAACAAAAAGAAGACCAACAAAUGCAACAUAGAGACUCUCCAGUGAAAGGAAUAGAAGACUAUCAGAUGGAAAGCACUCCGCACAAGGUCUUUAAUGGUGAAUCUAUCAUAUCUCUGGAACAGGAAUCUACAGAUAAUCUUUCUGACAACGACAAAAUGCUCAAAGCUACCAUUUGUCCUGACUGUGGGAAGAGCUUCAGUAACACCUCUCACCUAAUUCGUCACCGUCGUGUCCAUACAGGUGAGAAACCGUACAAAUGUCCCCAUUGUGACAAAAGUUACCGCCAAGACUCUCAUUUAGUUCAGCAUAUGCGUUCUCAUACAGGUGAAAAGCCAUACCGGUGCACACAUUGUGGCAAGGGCUUCUCACAGAGUUCCAAUCUCAUCAUCCACCAACGGACACAUACAGGUGAACGACCUUUCACCUGCCCAGAGUGUGGGCGGAGUUUCAGCCAUAGUUCUGAUCUCAUUCAGCACAAGCGGAUCCACACUGGGGAAAAGCCUUACGUCUGCUCCAUCUGUGGAAAAUGCUUUUCUCAGAGCUCAAAGGUCACCCAACACAAACGCUUCCAUUCUGGGGAGCGUCCAUUUUCCUGUGGGGAGUGUAGCAAAACCUUUCGCCUCCGGGCUGAUUUGGUCCGUCACCUCCGCGCUCAUACCGGAGAGCGACCUUUUGGCUGUCCUGAGUGCGGGAAGCAUUUUGCAGAGAGCUCCCAUCUUAUCCGACACCAGCGGAUCCAUAUGAGCGAGCGUCCCUUUCGCUGUCCAGACUGUGGGAAAGGAUUCAAUCAGAGCUCCAACCUCCAGCAGCAUCAGCGGGUGCACCGAGGCCAGAAACCCUUCAAAUGUGAUGAGUGUGGGAAAGGUUUUGGUGUAAGCUCGGCACUCUUGCAACACCAGCGAACUCACACCGGUGAACGACCCUACUGCUGCAGCCAGUGUGGGAAGAGUUUCAGUGUCAGCUCCACCUACCAUAUACACCAACGUAUUCAUGCAGGGCAGAAGCCCUACUCAUGUGCAGACUGUGGGAAAGGCUUUGUGCGUAGCUCUGCUCUCCUUCAGCAUCAAGCAACUCACACUGGCGAGAAGCCCUUUCGAUGUCCCUAUUGUGGAAGAGGGUUUGGACAGAAAUCAGCACUUUCUCAGCAUCGGCGAGCCCAUGUGAGGAGAGGGGAGACAUUGACUUUGAUGGAAGGAUGGGACACGGCUGGGAUGGAAGAGGUUGGGGACCAGGGAGUGGGAGGGGAAGCACAUAGUCUGUGGCAGGGGAAUGGGAUAGGGAUUAUGGAACCCGAAUGGCAGGGUGUUGGGGAUGAGGCCACAAGGCAGGAAUGGGAGGAUGAUGGGGAUGAGGCCAUGAGGGUGGAGUGGCAGGAUGACGUUGAUGAGGGUCUGGAGGAACAGUUGCAGGAUGAUGGCAGAGAAAGCAUGAGGCAGACCUGGAAAGAUGGUGUGGAAUCCUCCAUGAGGACCGAGUGGCAGGACGAUGAGGAUGAACAACUGGAACAGGGAUCACAGGGGGAUUGUACUGAAAGCAUGAGGCUGGAAUGUCAGGAGGAUGAUGACGAUGACGACGAUGGUGGUGAUUACAGGAGGGUGGAGGAGAGUUUCCAGGAUGACAAUCUGAGUAUCAGGCUAGAGUGUCAUGAUGAUGAAGAUGGUGAAAGCGUAGAAGAAUACAUACAAGGUGACAGUAAUUCAAACACUGGGGGGAAAGGUCAGGAUGAGAUCCCAAAGCACGAUUGGCAGGAUGAUAGAGGCGAAAGCAUAAGGGAAGAAUGGGAGACUACUUUAGAUAAUUUAAGGCAGGAGAAAUUGAUUGAGGAACAGGAAUGGCAGGACAGCGAAGACGAUAGUGAGAAGCAAAAUUGGUUAGGAGAUGGGGAAGACAGCUUGAAGAGAACAAGACAGAAGUCAGAGACUGAGUCACCCAGCUGAAGCUGAGGAGCUUAAGGAAUUGAAAUGAUUGACUGGGAUAUAGUAGAAGAGAGUAGAAUGCCUACAAUGCUCAUAAUAGCUCAAACCAGCGAGUCAUCAAAAGUCAUUGUGGAUAAACAGAAGAAUCGUUCUUUGAUGCAAAGCGGUCAUGCUCUUCUGCAACAAAUAUAGUUGUAUUUAUAUUUGUAGGGUAUUCUGUGGUGUCUACUCUCCACUUGAACAUGCCCCUCACUCCAGUCCCUGCAUGCCUGUGCUACAGAGCGCUGUGUGGUGGCUGCCUUAUGGUCAAGCUCUAUGAUCUGGCUCCCUGUAUCAUUCCAAGUCUUGUGCCGUUUGCUGAUCAAAAUAAUUCCAAAGGAUGAUUUUAGUCAGUCCGUUUUUAAACGUUACUCUACCUAUGUACAUGCUGUAUUAUACUUACCAAUCCAGCCCAAGUUUUGUUUUAAAAAAAGUUUCACAACACUUCCAAGGUAAGAUGCCUUAUUUAUAAAUAAGUGGGUGCCUUUCCUUAUGGUGGCAAUUCUUGCUGGAUUCCAGGAGUUGAUUUGGGAGAAAUUUUUCUUCAAUUCAGUCUAUAAGCUUUGAAAUAAUUGACUUAGGAAGUUGGGAAGGGGGAGGAUGACAUAAAAGAUAAUACAGUUGUUUUAUUUUCACAAUUGUUACUUAGGAACCCAGCAGAAUGUGGGGACACUCUUAAGACUCCAAUAUUUAACUAGAACAGCUUUUGAAACUUCUGUUGCAUGCUCUGAAUCUCUCCCAACUGUAGUUAUUUUUGUAACGUUCUAAUCUUUCUCUCUUUUCUGUGUCUCCCUCUGCUGAACUAAUAAAUGCUCUUUUUGAUUCCACUCAAGCACCCUGCAUUCUUUUAAAUUGAGCCAGGAUUAUUACUCAACAUUUUAAAUCAUUCAUGACACUUGCAUAUAACUUGCAUAUAUACACUGAAGGCUUAACCUUGACCCCUCCCCCCCCAAAAAAGAAGCAGCACAGCCAACCUCUUUUCAAAGUUGGGGGGAUUUCAUUAGUGAUUUUGAUAUAUGGAGAUUAUGGAAUAUAAACUUUUUUUGUUCUGGAAAAUUGAUUUCAUUUAUUAAGGUAAAAAUUAUCUAAGACAUUUAUUUUGGCCACCGUCUGUGAAAUUAUUAUCUAUCUAUUGUAAUUCUAUUUGUUCACAUUACUGUUACAGAUUUUCUGAAAAAGUUACAUUAUAGCAAAUACAUUACCAAAAUAUAUAUUUAAGAAAGUCCUUACUGAAAUAUGGUGAAGAAAAUAUAAAUUUAAAAAGUUUCCCCAAAAAUAUUUUAAC